GAGAUACGCUCGGGAGUUACUGUUAUUAUUAAAUUAUAUUUUUGUAUGUAAAGAAUUCUAGAAUUUCGGUUGUAAAUGUUGGUUAGUGCUGGCGGAAAUAAACUACACAUCCCAUCAUGCAUUUCACCCAUUGCCAUGGCAGCAGGAAGCUAGCUAGUCGACUAGCGACAGCAAUGGACAACAGGAUGCGAAUAUUCCCCGGCGGGGCGCAGCCUGUUUCUUCUGUCAGCCCGUUUGCCGUCAACGAAGCCGACCAAGGGGUCGUCGAGACGCGACCCGGGAAUCGACAGAACCCCGCCGGGAGCCAGGCGAGAGAGCUCCAGGUGACCGGGACGGCGGAGGUUAGCUACCCGGCCGAUAGAGCGUCGGUGCGGCUCAGUGUGGGCAACAGCAAGGCUACCGUCAACGAGGUCACCAGCAGCGUGUCACGACGGCUGGAAUACAUUUUGCAAGCUGUCAGACAACAUGGAGUCAAAGACGACGACGUCACUGUGAGGAAAUUCCUCCACCGGGACGAAGAAGCGUAUCACAUGAAUGUAGAGGUGACUGUCACUUUCUCAGACUUUGACAAAAUGGAGCAGGCGUGUAGCGUCUUGCUAGAGAAACUGGACAGGAGCGUCUCAGUGGGACAGCCUCGUUUUUUCCACAGCGCAGACUGUCUGAACCGCGUCAGGCAGAGUGCAUGCGUUUUGGCUGUGGAGAACGCUCAGCAGAAGGCCAGCAGAGUCAGCCAGCUGCUGGGACAAAGCCUGGGGGCGCCCACCCUGGUGCGAGAGGACGAGACGCGGGAGUGGAGGAGCCAUGAGGAGGAUGAGGAGGAUGAAGGUGGUGGAGGAAGGCAGGGCCAAGAUGCCACCUCCACACAGGCCGCUCCACUUCCUCGCAUACCUUGUGUCUCCGCCUCCUCGCGGGUGUCCGUCUACUUCCGAAUGCGUGAUGGAAAUAGGAAGAAAUACUAAAAAAAAAAAAAAAAAAAGUUUUCUAUUUUAAAGGUAAGAUUUGGGACACAUUUUUAAAGCCAAUACAAUUUUCCCCCACUAUAUCGCGGUUCAUCAUUUGUGCCUCUGCUAUAUCAGAUUUUUCAGCAAUCAUUUUUUGAAGGGUUUUUACAGUAUACAGGCAAGUCUGAAUUUUCGAUCUAGUACCAUGUUGUGCCACAACAUGCCAGGCAGCACUAGUCUACUGGAAGAGAAGCAGUGCAAAAUAAGGCACAGAAAGUCCCCAACUAAACUCUAGUUCUAGUUGUCGUUCCCAAAAAGCAGAACGCAUGCCCGUGAGUUUUGUUGUAUGCUCUUUUUGUGUUGCUGCUCAGUGUGUGUUAAAGUAGCAUUUCUGUGACGGUUCAUAAUUACCGUAAGGUGUUUCACAUUAUAUGUUAGCAUUAGGCCAACGAACACCUUUGCCUGAGAAAUGCCCCCACUAGCUAAAUGCUAACACUUAACGGAAAGCGCCAUGGACGUGCUAACGAUUUGCAUCGAUAGUAGUGGCGUGAACAUAACGAACACCUUUGCCUGAGAAAUGCCCCCACUAGCUAAAUGCUAACACUUAACGGAAAGCGCCAUGGACGUGCUAACGAUUUGCAUCGAUAGUAGUGGCGUGAACAUAAACUGUCUCGCAACACAUCUCGACAGACAAUAUCCCAAUACAGGCAUGUAUUUUUUAUCCUCUGCGAAAAAACAACUAAUAUUAUUGCAGCUUAUUCGUCAUUGAGAGCCGUGGUGACUCGUCAUGACUAUUAUCCUGCUCCCAAGUGGCCAAGGCGGGCAUACCAGAAGGAGCAGCACAAUGUAUUGAAUUAAAUCAUAUCAUGAUGCAGAAACUGUUUAAUUCUUUAUAUAAUUUAUAUUAUACGGUGCUAUUUUCCUUGUUAAAUAACACAAGCCAGAACUGAUUAAUGGCAUUCCUAUUAUUUUCAAUGGGGAAAGAUGAUUUGAGAUACAAGUGUUUGUAUCUCUAGGCACCACUGUAUAUAUGGUCAGGAACGUAUCCAUUGCGAUAAGCGGGGGUUCACUGUAUUGCCAUUUAUUUGAAGUCAUACAUUCAUAAUUAUACAUUCAAAGCUGUGCAUGUACAGCACUGUGCAAAAGUCAUGCGACAUAAUUUUGAGAUGAUGGUAUUAUACGCAUCUUCUCAUGGGGGGGGGGGUAAAGCGGCCAUUAAAACAUAAAAUAAAAUAAGAGCCCGAACUGAUGGCUUGUAUGUGUCGUAAUACAGUGGAACCUCCAAAGUCUAAAUGUCCCUUAAGUGGUACAAUUCGGAAUUGAAAACUGAAAGAAUGUACCUCAAUUCUGCAAGCAUCAGCUGGAUACUUUGCAAGCGUUUGUAUUUGACACUAUAAGAACAUCCUAACAUUGGGCUGUUAACCCUCCUGUAUUUUGUGGGCCAGUUGUAUUUACACGUUUGAAGAAUGUUAAAAGAAUGAAUAUACGAUAUGAGUUAACACUUUUGUUACUCGACAAUAAUGUUGAGGUCAUUAAGAAUGUUAAAAAGUUCUGUUUUCAUGAGUACCUAUUUUGAGGUUCCACUGUAUUUUA